AUGAAGACCCCUUCAUCUGUCUUUUCCACCAGCUGGGGCUCCUCAAGGACAGGGACCAGAGCCCAGUGAAGUUCCUAUGCACUGUAAGGGUUCCUGCAAGUACAUGUCAAAAGAGUGAAUGAAUGAAUGAAUGAAUGAAUGAAUGAAUGAAUGAAUGAGUAAAUAAGCAAAGGUGAUAAGUGAGGCCAUUUCUCAGCUGGGUUGUGAUAAAAUUGAGUGGUAAUAGCAGCCCCACGGAGUGAGUGCCUACGUGCUCCAGGUACUGGCUAGGUGUUCCAUCCAUUACUUCAGUCAAGCCCCGACAGGGCUGUGAGGCGAGUAUGACUAUCUCUGUUUUAUUAAGGACCUGAGGCUCAGAGAGGUAAAAAUCACUGCUCAGGAGCUGUGGAGCCAGGACAGAAUCCAGGCGUGAGAGGUGCCAAGCUCUGCAGAGGGAACAGUGAUGUGUGGCAGAGGGGGGCAGGUGCCAAGAAUGGGUGGUUGGAUCUAACUGACCUUGGGUGGGAGAUGGGCUGGGGGGAGUGUAUGGGACCACAAGGAAGAAACCCCGUUAACAAGGUUUGAAGAACUCUGGGUUUUCCAGGGAGCUCCAAGCAGAGAACUGUUCUGGAAUGAAUCCUCACGUUUCCUAUGAUUGGGGUGACACUGGGGGUAGCUUGGGGGAACUUUUGCCCUCCACCGUCACCUGCUGCAUGAUCAACAGCUCCUACUAUUUUGUGAUGUUUUCUCAAACCCAUAUCAUGAGCAAUGUCAGGAUGUCAGUCCUCUCAUCUACCCGCCCCCCCCCCAGAAUCCCCAGCUGCCACCUAAACAGACAUUCUGGAGGUGCCACUACCCAGCCUGGGCCCCACUCCAAAUUCCCCGAAGAGUCCAGGCCCAUUCCUGGAAGUCACAGAGACAGCUCCCCUCCCCCAGCCCUGCACCAUCCUCACGGGUGGGGGGGAAUGUCAAACUCAAGUGACCUCACAGUGGCCUGUUUUUUCCCAAGCCUGUUAUGUCAAGAUCACCUCUGAGAUUUCCUAAGGAUGGAGCUUAGAUGGUCACUGGUUCCCAUGGUCCCAUAUUGCCAGUCUCACCCAGAAAGAUAGGGUGCCCACCCCUCUUCCCUGAGCUGGCCCAAAGGCUCCCUGUGGUGCCCUGCACUGGGCAGAUUGUAGGGGUGUGAGAAAUGACGGCGGAGAGGGCGGAUGGGAGGCAGAGGACUCGUGGACAAGCUGGACUGUGAAGGAAGGAGCACAGCUGGAGGCACGAGAGGACAGGAGUGUUUUGGGCUGAGGGGAAGGAUUGGGCAGAGAGUGGGAUCAGCACUGCAGGAGGCCGCCUGGGGCCCAGGAGGAAUGGGAGAGCGGGAACAGAUUCAAGUUGAUUUAGGUGGCCAGGAAGUUGAGGGAGGCCCUUCUGCAAGGGCACUCUUUGCUCUGAAGGAGGAGUUGAGCGCUGUUGGGGUUGAGGGUAGGGCUGACAAGAAAAACUGGGCAAAGGCUCUUGGAAGAAAUGGGAGAGGGACCGUUCCAGGACAGGCAGAGGUCUGGGGACUCGGCCAAGUGGGGUGGUGACCCAGCCGGUGGGGCCUCAGGGCCCUCGGGCUCUCUGCUGAGUCACGUCCUCCAGCCACACUCAGCUCCACAGUGCAGGACCAAGCAGUCUGUUGGUGCUGGGAAAGAGGGAGCCACACGGACUGGCUGUGUUCACAGGAACCCCGGGUCCUGAGGUACAGCUCCAGGCUGGCAAGGGAAGGGAGAGGCACCAGGAAGAUGCUGGCCCAGGGUGCUGGAGGCCUCCACAUCAGAGGCCCUGGUGCAGAGUGAGAGAGGGCGUAGAGGCUGGGAGACUCUGGAAGGGCCGCAGGAUGGAACAGGGCCAGUGUCGAGGGAAGGGUCAAAGUGCCAGGGAAGACCUCAGACAGGGCAGGAGGGAGAAGCAGGGAACCCAAGGCCACUGGGCCAUGUCCUGUUCACCGUUCUCAGCUGGGACUAUUCACAGCCUGAAUCUCACGUACACAGCCAGAGAGAGGCGGCCCCACAGGUAGCUCUGAAGCCUCUGUCUUCCCCUAGUCCCCAGUAACCAUACAGACUGUAGUUUGCGAUACAAGUAUAACAUCACACCUGGUCCCCUCUGCCCCCUAAGGGGAUUUCUGCCCCCAGGUCCUCUCUGUGUAGACAUUCUUGAGUCACCCCCAGAAAUUCAUCCAUCCAUCCAUCCAUCCAUCCAUCCAUCCAUCCAUUCACCCUACAAGUAUUUAUUGAGUACCUUCUCCAUGUCAGGUACCAUCCUAAGCACUGGAGAUGCUUAGGACGUAGUGAAGAAAACAUAAAAAAUCCUGCCCUGGUGGAGUUUACAUUCUGGUGAGAGGAAACAGACAGUAAGCAAACAAUCAGAAUCGUAUGUCAAAAGAUGGUAAAUGCUAUGGAGAAAAAUACAGUGGAGAAGGGGAAUAGGCAGUGAGCAUGUCUAAGGUGGGGAGUUGCCGUUUUAGCUAGUGUGGUAGGGGAGGGCCUCAUGGAGAACAUAUUUUUUGAGUGGCCACCUGAGGAGGUGACGUCUGCCCAGUGGUCCUCCUACACACGCCACACGUAACAAAGUGCUCUGCGCCAGGAACCGCCUGUGUCACUGCUGACCCCCCACAUUCUGAGCCAGGCGGUUGUCCUACCUUUGAUCUCCUCUUCCCAGGUCACUCCCCAGAUGCCUGCAAAGCAUGGUUCCUCCCACACUACAAAUGGGACCCCGGUCCUACAUGCUUGACAUUUGAGAGUGAGGAUUUGGGGUUUGGUGGAAGGCACUCCGGCCGAUUGGAAAACCACCAACUGAUUGGUGGCCUUGGCAAGAUACUCAGCUUUGGGGGGGUUGCUCAGUUUUAUCCUCCUAAAAUGGUACGAAGAGACCAUGCCCCCUUUACAAGCCCCAAGGAAAGGGUUUUGUCUUCAGAUUUGGAAACAGGCGUGGCUCCCUGGCCUCAGGUCUUGUUUAUGAGCUCCACCGAGGUUUCCUGGGCCUGGACAAGAGCACUGGAUUUGGCCCGUUGGAAUGAAGACGAGCUAAUGAAUAGUUGUGGGACACUCUCUGCAGGGUGUCCUGGGACUUGGGGACAGCCGAGCUCUGUAACCCCAGAAGCAGGCCAGACUGGGGAAGGGAAGCAGUGGCUAGGGACAGAUCUCAGCGUUUUGUGUGAUGAAGCACAUCUCCCAGAGAGCUUUCUCAUGGUGGCAUGUAGUGGCCUGGGAGAGAUGGAGUGGGUUCUCUGUCAUGGGAAGUAUACAAAUAGAGGCCAGACAAGUCCUGUCAAAGAGGCUUCAGGGAACCUCCUUCUCUGAGGGGGUGGGGAGAGCUCUGGGUCAGAUUCUCUUAAGGCCUCUCUAGCCCCGAGAGUCCAGAACUCAGAGCCCCAUCAUUGACCCCUAGGCUCUGGGGCCCAGUUGGGUCUCCUCUCUCUGCCAGGUGGAUUUAGGUGCUGGGAAUGGUCAGAGCAGGACCAAGGCAAAGGAGCCAUCUUUUAUGAGAGGUAAGAGGUUCUCUGAGACUUCCCCCCACACCCAGACCUUACCUGUGAGAGCUGUGGACAAAUCUGCCUACCUUUGGGACCUCGGUGUCUGUCUGAAAUGGGCAAGAUCUAACCCACAGCGAAUCACUCAGGCAGUGGUGGCAGUCUGCCCUUCCUGAGAGUUGGAAUCUGGGGGACCCAGGUAGGCGUAGAGGCGCUACUCCUACAGCCAUUACCUUCCUUCCCCCUGACAAGUCGUCUUUUGUCAUCAAUCAAGACGAAGAUUUUUUUUUAAUCGAGCCAGGCAGCACCAAGGACAGAGCCUUGUGGCUCACCUUCACAGACUAGACUCACCCAUUCAACAUUUCCCAGUGCCACAUGGGAGCUGGAGCCUCUGCUGGUCUUUGGGACCCCAAAGGCAAAGCAGACCUUGUCCCUAAUUCCUAACAAAGUUAGAGAAGGGAGGGAGUCGGACUGACAUUGACUCUCGGACUGGUCUUUUUUUCUGCCGUGACUCUUGGCCCCUGUUUCUGUGUCUUAUUUCAGGCUACUGUGUUCCUGAGCGGCAGGGUGGCAUGGUAGACUUAAUGUGCGCCUGGGGCAAGUUCCUUAUCUCUCUGGCCUCAGUUUUCACACAGGGGAAUGUUGCCUCUCUUCCUGAGCACACACUUUAUCAACAUUCAGUUCUAUGUCCUAGUCCUGGCUUGCCACGACUCACUGUGUCCCCUUGAGGCAAGCCACAACCUUCUCUAAGCCUGUUUCUUCAUCUGCAAAUGGGGCUAAGACACUCCACCAUGCAGGGCUGUUAUAAAAGCAAAUGAGAUCUUGCAGCAAAAGCACUUAGCUCGGUGGCCAAGAAACUACAGAUCUACAGUGAAGUGGCUCAGAAAAGUGAGGUUUGGGGAGGUGCAGUGACCUUCUUGGGGUCCCACAGCAGGUGCGUGAUGAAUCUAGGACUGGAAGCUGGAUUUCCAGCUUUCCAGGCUUCUGCCCAGGGGCUACUGAAAUGACACAGUGGUUACUCUGGGAGCUGCCGGAGAAGGGGUUCCCCUCAGGGAAGAUGAAUUGGGGGUUUCCCUGGCAGCCCCUCUGGGGAUCAAGCUUGAUUUGAGAGUCCCCCAGUCCUCACCUGCCCCUCUGCUGGUGGCCUCUGAGUACGUGCCCAGUUCCAGCCUCCCCUGAAGGGAUGUUAGGGCUCCAGGGCUGACCCUGUGAGCAUGUGAUGUAGAAAAGAGGAGAGGAGACACAUGGAGGGGCAGGUACAGGUCUAUAGGCAGGACUCCCGAUUUUAAGUGGCAGAAUCCUAGGUCAAAGGGACUGCGGCAAAAAAGGGAAUUUAUCAGCUCAUGCCAUCAGAAAUUCCAGUGGAAGAUAAAGCUCCAGACAUAAGUGGAACCAGGCAUGUGCUAUUCUCAGGAACCUGUAUGUUCUCAUUUCUCCACUCUGCCAUCCCUUGGCUUUAUUUUGCACUGUUUCCUUCCUGGUGGUGGUAUCAUCAGUGCACAGGACAGUAGCUGACAUAUAGUUCACCUGGCUCUAGAAGCUCGAGGCUCACUUCCUACCACCUUUGCAAACCCAGUGGAAAACCUGCCUCCUCCCCAAUGUUCCAGCAAAAUCUCCAAAAUGGACUCUGAGGCACUCAACAAAGGUCACCCAUCCACCCCUGAGUCAGUUACAGGGCCUGAGGAGCCCACUCUUCUCUCAUGGGCAGGCCUAGGUCACAGGUCCACCACUCGCAGAUUGUCAAGACUUGAGGAGGGGAAGGAGGGGAUCCCCCAAAGGAAAAACAGGAGGCGGGCCAUCAUCAUGAGGGGGGUCUGGGAACUGGGGGGAAGGAACUGCAGAGGAGAACAAUGACUGCCUACAGGACAGGCCAGAUAGCUGGACCUGGGCCAUCUCUUCCCCAGAGGACUGGAGCCUGGUUAGCUGGGAGGAUGGGUGGGUCCUGAAGUCACCAAUAGAGGGUGUCAGCCAACUACACUCCUUGCAGGUAAACAGCAGGUUCUUGCUUGAAGGAGAAUCCAAACGGCAUACCUCUGCAGGAGGGUUACAAACCAAACACAGAGGGUCCAGGCAGGGAACAGAGACCCUCUCACACUAGCUGCAACAAAGAGGGGGUAUUGGAAGGUGCUGGGAUCUUCCUGAGCCCUGGGUGGGAAGUGCCACAGCCCAUGGGCAUGGACUGGGAAAGCUGGCACCAUGGACUCUCCUGUCAAGGGCUGCCCUCCCUGGGACACUCCAGGCCCCUGUUCUCUCUCCCACAGUUCCCCAGCCCCGAGGCUGCCUGGAGCCUUCUCAGCCCUGUGCCCACGUGGGCCACAUGGUCACUGACCUCUUCAUUCACCUUCCUAAGAGAGAACCUCUUGCUAACUUUGCCAAGCCUCAGUUUCCUUGUCUGUAAAGCAGAGGUGGAAACUGUGAAGAGUAAAUGAGAUGCGGCAUUUUGCGCAGUGAUGGUGUGAGGUCAGCGCCCAAUAAAAGCAUCUGUCCCAACUGUGGUGGGGGUUGUCCACAGCCAUACCACCCUGAACGCACCCGAUCGCAUCCGAUUGUGCUGGGGAUUACAUGAGCUCGGCUGAAGGGCCUGGCGUGCAGCAGUGGCGCAGGAGACGCAAGUUCCCUCUGUGCUCAGCCUGUAGGGACAGAGAGAAAUUAAAGGAAGCAGCCUCAGCUCCCAAAUUCCCCAAAGCUACGGCUUCCCCUUCCUUGAGCUCAAAAUGGCUGUUUCAGUUCCAGCUUUAAUUCCUGUUGAGUCGGAGGUAAGAAGGGGAAGUCGAAAAAGAGAAGAGAAAUCGAGUUUUCUGCUUUCCCUAUGCCCUUCUCCUACCGGAUUUGCCUGCUUUCGCAGCCAGCCGGAUGCCACUGGUGGGACCCAAACUCCUCCAAGAGUGGUGGGCGCUGCCCCCUGCCCACCGUCCUCUCGGCACCCAGAGGCACUGACAUCCGCAACCUGGCCUCGGGCUGGCUUGAGGCAGGCUCCAGGGGCACCCCUGCCCCAGGCUGGAUGCUUCUGGGUUGGUGAUUGUAGCAGAGGGCAUAAUGACCCUGGAAGGCAGGCACCAUGACCCGUUUAUCACAUGGAGACUCAGGCUCGGGGAGCGUGGGUGGCUCCCCCUGGGUCACUCAGUAAGUUGGUGAUGGAUCCCAGUCUGUCUGACUCCUCAGGGGAAGGAAGCUGAGUCUUGAUCCCUGUCAUCCUGUGCCCUUGCUCUUAAGCUCACAAGCCAGAGGCCAAGCAAGGGGGUUUCCAGGCCGUAUUUCCCAGAAGGCAGACAGGCCAAGGUUAGAAGGCCUCUUCCCACAUCCAGCCUGGUCUGGGCUGGUUCCUGGCUGGCUGGCAGACAGUGACUCAGGCUUCCAGCUCCUGCCUCUGGCCUCCUCAUCCCUUCCAGAUAGGAGGGUCUUGGAGAAGGGAUGGGGAGGGAGCUACGGAGUCAUCUAAAGGGGAUCCUGAGACCGUAGGAUCCAAGCAGCCCAAGGAACUUUAGCCCUUGCCAGUUCUUCCUUACAUCUAUCCCGAAUUGUUUCUGCUGCAGGCACAACUGGGUGGUGGAUGCCUGCUGUUGGGGCAACACUCUCAGGGCCUCUACCUCAGAUGAACAGGGCUCCACACUGGCCCUGUCCCCCUGCCAAUGUCCCCAGGGGCUCCUGUGAGCCACAUUGACCAGGUGAAGCUCAGAGAGCAGGGCUUGAGCUGAUAUGGGAAUAAUAAAUAGCAAAAAGGUGGGGAGUGGGUCAGGAGGAACCGAGGCUGGGAGCCCAGUCCUGAGGUUGCUCAGUGCCAGCCCCAGAGGGGAGGAGGCCUCGGGGAUGAGCAGACCUGCUGCACAGCCCCCACCCCAGGGCAGCCGGCAAAAGCCUUGAGGCUGGCCAUCCCAGGCAGUCUGCUGGCACCAUCUCAUGGCCAGAGGCCCUCAGUGCAGGAAAGACGAUCCUCUGGGAAUUUCCCGGCUCGAACUUCUAAGCAUGGAUUUCAGGGAAACCGUGGAUAAGGGGUUUGUAUUGAAAUGUUCCCUGGCUGAGACACCUUGGGAAACUCUCUGACCUUUCCUGAGUCUUACUUCCUUUAUCUGUGGAAUGGAGAGAACACUCUCCCCAACCACCCACCUGGAACUGCAGAUAAAACAUCUGGCAGAGGGUAGGCUGUUAAGAAAUGACCCUGGGUGCAGAGGACCCAGAAAUUAGUGCGGACUGCCGUGGGCUGACGGAGUCCAAAGUGGGGGCACUUAGGCUGUGCCUGGAAUGGAUCCAUUCAGUUAACAAGAAUGUAUUGAGCCCGUACUGUGUGCCAGGACACCUCCCCUGCAUGGUUUCAUUUAUGUUUUACAGUAGCCUAGAUGGCAGGUACCAUUGGCCAUUCUCAUUUGAGAAUGAGACGUGAGAACUACAGGAAGGAUACACAGGGAUUAUUUGGAGAAAGUUGGGGAGAAAGCAUCCCAGGCAGAGGAAACAGCACGCACUUCAGCCUGGGGGCUGGAUGGCCUGGUGGGGAAGGACUGCAGCUGGACCGGGAGCCCUGGCAGGCCUGGGAGCAGGGUAAGGGCACUAGGGCUCUGUGUGGGAGGUUUUCAAAGGGCCUGCCCCCGCAGGCUGCCACUGGGUCCCUCUUCACAUGACACAUCCCAUGUUAUGCUGUUCUUCAUUUCUCACACGGGUUCGGCUCGUUCCCCACCUGCAUGCUUCUUGCCUAGGAUGCCCUCUUCAUUCUUCAUUCGCCCAAGCCCCCCAGGCCCUUGAAGGCCCAGCAAUGGACAUGCCUUCUUCAGGGGCCAUCCCGGGUCACUUGUCCGAGGUGUGCCCAUAACCCCCAAGAUCUGAGCUCUCCCAUCUGGGCCCCACCCAGAUUGCCAGAACUCAGAUUCAAGCCUGCCCUGAGGCUGACACCUCCAGGAAGCCCUCAGAGCUGCUCCCAUUCUUGGGACAGACACUGUGAUGAGGUGACCACUGGAGGUUGUCCUGGGAACCCAGUAAAGGACAGGUUGCUGUGCUGAAGGCCAGGUCUCCUUGCCCUCCGGGGCUCCAGCAUCACUAAAAUCAGAACAGGAGGCCCACACUUGCAACUGGCACAAGCAACCUCCUAGCAGAGAACUGAAUAAACAGUAGGUGCUCAAUCCUUGCACAACUGACCAAGGGUCUACCAGCAGUUCAAACCUGAAUUUUCAGUUUGACCCAAAGUUUUGGCCCCAAUUCAGUUCCCCAAUCCACUUGCCUGUAAAAUGGGUUUGGGUGGGAGGUCAGUGCUUACACCUUCCAGGUAAAGAGUCCUCCCUCGCGCUGGCAGUUCAUCCUCACAACAUGCUGGUGGCCAGUACAACCAUGUUCUAUUAAGGAGGCUCAGAGAGGAAAGGGGCUUGUGAGUAGGGGCCAAAUAGAACAAGAACCUGGGCCUCAAAUGCCCAGAGCCCCCCAUCCCCCUCCCCUAGUUGCCUUAGCUGCUCCCAAUCAAAGCCUGCCUCCUCCAGGUCACCCCCCUCAAAUGCCACCUCUACUACUGGAGCUGGCCUCCUUGGGACAAUGAGAAGCCACCUUACUUCCUCUGGCCGUCCUAACAGCUGUAAGCCUUGGUUUGGGAGUGAGGAGGGGGUGGAAGAGGGCUUGGCACCGGCAGGGAGACUCUCAGUCAGGUGAGUUUUCGGGGGCAUCACCUCUAUCCCCACAACCCACACCCAUCACUCCCAGUGGCUCCAGACCUGCCAUGUGGAAGGAGACAGUGAGCGCUAAAUGGAUGUAUGUGGGAGGAUCUGAGGGCAUACAGUAGGUGCUCAAUAAAUGGUUUUGGAGAAAAGGAAGAGAGGGAAGGAGGGAGGGAGAAGGUGACCAAAUAAGCAGAUUGCCAGGUGGAGGGAGGGACAUGUCAGUGAAUGAGCUAUUGAAUGAAUGGAGAAAGGAGGGAUGGUUGGGGGAGUGAGUGACAAGAAGGUGGCUCUGGGUGUUACAGCUAAAGGGGGAGCCAUAAGCUCUUUAAUCACCAACGUGCCCAUUUGACAGAUGAGAAGACUGAGAGAGGGCUGAGGAGAAAGGAAGCGGCUGGGUCUGUGGGGGUGGCCUUUGACCAGCAGCCUCUGGCUCUCCCCCCACCUCUCUUUCUACCCCCUCAUCACCCUCUUUCCUCUGCUGGGGUGGGGACGGUUCCAGGAAGGAGACCUUUUCUCCACCUCCUCGCUCCUCUAGGCCCGGUUUCCGCCAGGCCUUGGUGUUGGGGGUGGCAGGGAGGGGGUGGCCGGCGCAGGGGCUAUUUCAGUCAGAGACAGCCCAUCCAGGAAACAGAGGAAGCCGCCCGCCCCAUCGGAGGUGUUGCAGCCCGGGCUGCAGGCAGGAGAGUAGAGCGCCUCACAUCUGGCCUCCCCUUGCGCCAACACAUCUGAGGCCACCAAGGUGCUUCAGGGACAGGACCUGCAUGUCCAUUGGAUUUAAGUUGUGAAUUCUUGCUGGACACCAGUAAAUGUGGACAUGCCGGUUGGGAGAUAAGAAGAUUGCAGUCAAAAGAAGGACCAUGGCUUUGGAAGGUGGAGUCCAGGCUGAGGAGCCUCUCUGGAUAUAGGAAGCAUAUCGGUCAGCCAUGGAGUGGGACAAUGGUACAGGCCAGGCCCUGGGCUCCCCGCCCACUACCUGCGUCUACCGAGAGAACUUCAAGAGACUACUCCUGCCACCUGUGUACUCAGUGGUCCUGGCGGCUGGCCUACCACUGAAUGCCUGCAUCAUUGCCCAGAUUUGCACGUCCCGCCGGGCCCUGACCCGCACAGCCGUGUACACCCUGAACCUGGCCCUGGCUGACCUGCUCUAUGCCUGUUCCCUGCCCCUGCUCAUCUACAACUAUGCCCAGGGUGACCACUGGCCCUUUGGCGACCUCGCCUGCCGCUUGGUCCGCUUCCUCUUUUACGCCAACCUACACGGCAGCAUCCUCUUCCUCACCUGCAUCAGUUUCCAGCGCUACUUGGGCAUCUGCUACCCGCUGGCCCCCUGGCACAAGCGUGGGGGCCGCCGCGCUGCCUGGCUAGUGUGCGGGGCUGUGUGGUUGGCCGUGACGACCCAGUGCCUGCCCACAGCCCUCUUUGCCGCCACAGGCAUCCAGCGUAACCGCACCGUGUGCUACGACCUGAGCCCACCUGCCCUGGCCACCCGCUAUAUGCCCUAUGGCAUGGCCCUCACCGUCAUCGGCUUUCUGCUGCCCUUUAUCGCCCUGCUGGCCUGUUACUGCCGCCUGGCCCAUCGUCUGUGCCGCCAGGACGGCCCAGCAGGGCCGGUGGCCCGGGAACGGCGUGGCAAGGCAGCCCGCAUGGCUGUGGUGGUGGCAGCCGCCUUUGCCAUCAGCUUCCUGCCCUUCCAUGUCACCAAGACAGCCUACCUGGCAGUGCGCUCUACGGCCGGUGUCCCCUGCCCUGUGCUGGAGGCCUUCGCAGCUGCCUACAAGGGCACGCGGCCCUUUGCCAGUGCCAACAGCGUGCUGGAUCCCAUUCUCUUCUACUUCACUCAGAAGAAGUUCCGCCGGCGGCCGCACGAACUGCUACAGAAACUCACAGCCAAGUGGCAGCGACAGGGUCACUGAGUUCACGGGGGCAGGACACCUGGGACCAGGGCACCAGGAGCCCCUCCAACCCCAAACCGUGCUCAGCUGGGCAUGGCGUGAGGCCCUCCACAGACUCCAAAACCUCACCCAUGACUGUUCGUUGAGGCCUUGCUCUGGAGCAGGCCCUGUGGGCACAGACAGCCAAGCUUGGACCCGGCCCUCCAGAAGGUCCCAGGCGGCCCCGGAGAGUCAUGAAGCCAUGCGAAGCUGCUCACAAAAAUAGAGUGUGGCAUGUACCGCAUGGAGGACUGUGCUGUGUGCUUUGGAGGCACCAAUACAGGGACUGAAGGAAGAUGGGAGGAGGAAGGGAGAGCUUCUGGAAAGGAGCAUUUGAGCUGGAUUUUGAGGGGAUGAAUAUGAGCUCUCUGGAGGUGUGUGAUGUUCCAUUCAUUCAGCAAACCUUUACCUAUACCUUGUCCUUGGGCCUGGGUUCAUUCUGGGGCCCUGGGAGAACCAGUCCUAGCCCUGCCCCAUAAAGGUUCCCAACUACUGGGCAUACAGACACUUGACACGGUGAUGUCAAGGCUAUGACAGAGAGAAGCAUGCCUGGGGGGGAAGGGGUAAAUAGAGGAUGCCCAUGGUCCAGUCCAAGGAGUCAGGAAAGAUCUCUUGGGAUGGGGAUGGGGGGCAUCUGAACCAGAUAUUGAAGGCUGAGUGGGAGGCCGGCCAAUAGAAGUGGGAGCGUGUUCCUAUGGCCUGGGCCAACCCUAUGCUAGACUCUGCCCUGGGGCAGAUGGGUAGGGAGAGCUGGGGUGGGGAGCAGGCUUCUGGCCUCCUGUGUGUGAAAGUUGAGAAAACAAGAGCUGUCCCAUGGCCACCCUCCAGACAACGGCAAGAGUGGCCCAGAUGUUCCAGGCUGUGGGGGCUCAGCAGUGGGAGGAAUCAGGGAGCGCUUCGUCAGAGAGGUGGAGCUUGAGCUGGGGAGGAAUCCAAAAGGCAGAGAGAAGGCCUUCCUGAUGGAAGGCACUGUGUGUGCAUAAAACCCAAAGGUAGAGAUGUGCUGAGUCUGGCAGUAAAUCAACAGCGAGUGUCACUGAAGCCCAGGAGGGGGUGGUGUGGGUGGGACCAGAGCAUUAAAUGCCAGGAAGAACCCCAGACCCCACCUCUUCUCCACCUACCUCUUCAAAUUGCCUCUUUCAGCCUCAGGGUAUCCUGGGUGCCUGAGGACCCCUCCGCCAGGCCCCCCAAGUGAGGGGAAAUAGCCCUUCAACACUGCUUCAUUCUAGAAGAAGUCAACAGCUUGAAGAGACGCAGAGGCACCGGGAGGCUGCAACAUGGAGGUGCAGGGGUCCCAUGGCCAGGAGCCUGCCAACCAGUCUCAAGACAGACUGUUCCAUGAGCUCUGCUCCUGCCUUCUCAGCUCCAUCUUCUGGCCUCUGGGAGCCCUGGAAGCUGCUGGAGGCCACCUCACGGAGGCAUCUCAAACACAGACUUGAGCCUUCAAAAGCUUUGGAAAGGCAUCUUCACUGAAGAUCUCUGAGGAGGCAAAAAGGGGAUUCCACCACAAAAGGCCUCUUUACCUGCUCUCCUCACCCACCCCUCCUUUCUGCCUUGUCUGGUACUGCCCCUCAUCCUCUCUGCAAUUUUUCCUCAUAUCUCUAGCACCCCAUCCUGCCCCAUCUCCCCUCCCUUCUCCCCCAGUCCCUGUUCCCUCCUCCCAGGUCUCAGCUUUCCUCCUGUAGAACAGUGUAGCCUGCCCUUGGCUGCUGGUGUACCACUCAGACCCCGUACACAAACCAGCCAUGACAAAGAAUCUACCUUCUCAGAAAGCAGAGGGGAGAGAGGGCAGGGCAGAGGGAUGGGGCAAGGAGGGGGAGGGCUGUGUAACUCAGUAUUUUCUUUUUUUUUAAAGCCCUGUCUCGUCUCCAAGGCUGCUGGGCCAUGGGGUCCUUCAGAGAAGGACUCUGCCAGAGUUAAACUCCAUGGUCCUGUUGGAGAUGUGCUGGCAGCUGACUGAGGAAGGUGGAAAGCCAGGCCCAACCCAUCCUGGGAAUCCAUCAAAUGUGCCUUUCUGAAAAGGCUGAUAGUUCGGACAGAAAGAACGUUGAUUCUUUGGGUCACAGUGAAAAGAUGUGAGGCAAUGUCAGAAGAGGUCUAUUCCCUAUACACUGCGAUGUCCUGCCGAGGAGUACAGAUAUCAGCUACCUUGUGUCUUGUUCUGAGUCCGAGACCAGACUUGUCAGCUGCCUGUCACGGGGGAGUAGGGGAAUAGGAGAACAGAAGGCAGAGGGCCUCUGUCCACAGUGCCGGCUGAGCCCUGGAGAGAGUCCCAGAUGACCAUCCAAGCAGACUGCCAAGAACUGUGUUUGGUUACUUUUCCAAGAGUGGAAAUUCUGGGCCACAGGUAACUCGCAUUCCCAGCUUCCCUUUGUGAGGCAGAAGGUGGAGACUCCAGAGCCAGGUCACCUUGGUGUCUGUCUUGGCUCUACCACUUAGUAGGGGUCUCACUCUGGGCAAGUUAUUUAGCCUCUUUGUACCUUAACUUCCCUAGCUGUAAAGUGGGAAUAGUAAUGAUACCUGUCUUGUAAAGUGGUUGUGAGGGUUAAUAUGUGCCAAACACUUAGAAUAAUGCCUGGAACAUAGUAAGCAUGCAGCGCAUGGUACUAUUAUAAUGAUCUUGCCUUUUGUGCACACAGGUUCCUCCGGCAUCUCUCUCUAGGAAAUUGGCCUAGGAGUUUCUAAACAAGGGGCUUUGUGCGGGGGAUUUCUCCUUUUCCUUCACCUGGGAAGCAGCUGGUCUUUUAAGAAAAAAAAAAAAAACUCAGCACACUUUUUUCAGAACAAGGACCAUAAUCCAUGAGCCCCAUCUGUUCCUAUAAGAAGGAAAAGUCGUUUAUUGCAUGCCAAUACGAGGGACUUCAAGUGCCAUUUGGGGAGCGUGAAUUGCCCCCUUCCUUUUCCCUCCUUUUGUCCCCACCUCCCCACUCUCUCUCCUCACUUUAACCCAGGGCACACUCCGUGAUGGGGGAUCACACUGGGGAUGUCUGCUUGCUGGGGUGGAGACAGAGGGGACAUAGACCAAGGUGUGGAGGUAAAGCAUGGGGAGGGGUUGGGGGAACAUGUGGGUUCACAGGGGUCCAAGGUGAUUCUCAUGGCUUAGGGAAGACUUCCUGGAGGGUGGAGCGGUGGAGCUGGGGCUUGAAGGGUGGCUGUAAUUAGAAUGAAGACAAGAGGGCCAGGUUGUUCCUGGUGAGGGGAAGAGCACAGCCCAAGGCAUGGAGGCUGCUGGAGGACGGAUAGGAUGGGUUGUGGCGUGAGAUCAGGCUGGAGAGUCGGCAGGGCUAGAGAGUCAGAGGCUUGGUGCCAGUCCAGGGAAGCAGCGGGGAGCCACGACAAUGACAGCAAUGGCCAUUUGCUGGGCUCUGCAGGUUCUAGGCAUCACGCAGUGUGCUGUAUACACAUUUUCUCAUUUAAUCCUUACAACACCCCCAAUUACAGAUGGGGAAACUGAGGCCCAGGCGUGGGAAUUGACAUGUCAAGUUCACACAGCCUUUCUCUAACCCAGAUACUAGAAGCCCCCUCUACCUCUCCCAUCCUCCCUUCCUUCCCUUUCCUUUCUUCACUUGCCUUCCAAAAGCCCACCUGCCUCAGCCAGUCAAAGUAACUGGGGACCCCUUAGGAAGUUGUGACAGACACAGAUAAGUACCAAUCACAAUAUCAACCCUCUUUUAAUUGGGCAAUGGUCUCCUAGGAUAAAAACUUCAUUUCCCAACCUCACUUGCAGCUAAGUAUAACCGGGUAACUUAAUCCUGGGCCAUGGAAGAUAAGCAAAGUAUCCUAAGACAGUUUAAUAUGGGGAAGGGGUGAAUGUCUGUAAAAGAGAGGUAGUGUCUGUCCUUUGUCUCCCCUCUGUUCUUACUGCUCACAAUGGGGACAUCACAGCCGGAGCACCAUCUUGGACCGUGAGAAACAGCUUGGGUUUCUGACCAUUCCGGUUUGGGACCACCUAAAUUUGGACUUUUGCAUAAGAGAGAAAUAAACUUCUUUUUUAAGCCACUGAUUUUUCAGCCCGUUGUUACCCACAGCCAAAUGAACCCCUUUACUCAGGUUCUAUCCUGAGAUGGUGGACCUAAGGGGAAGCCAGGCAGUGUUCUGGACUGGGGUGGGGGCCAGGGUCUAGCCUGGUGGUGAGCUAGGAGUCAGCAGGGUCUGGAAAUACCCAGGAAGGCUUAGGAAAGUUGCAAAGCUUGGGAGUGCUCAUGCUGCUUUUGGCAGGAGGCUGAGUGGGUGGACGGGUUUCCUGAGGGAGAAAGUAAGAAGGGCCUGGAGAGAGCGCUGGGAACUCCAUUAAGGGGCUGGGCAGGAGGGGGAGCCAGAGAGGUGGAAGGUCAAAGCCUGGGGGUUUCUGAAUGUUGGUGGCAGUGGAGAAGGGUGAGUGAGGGAGUAGCAGGAGGGGAGCAAGUGGAGGUGAUGGGUGGAGAAGAAAAGAGAAGAAGGUUCCCAGGGAGGCCAGGUCCAGGGAGGCGCUUUUACGACAGGAGACCUGUGAGAGUUGGCUGUUGUAGGUUGAGGACAGAGGCAGGGCCAAAGAUGGAAGAGCCAGAGAGUCAAGAACCAGGGUUUGUCCUUUUGGAAAAGCCCAGGGGCACUGGAUCUGUCCUAGCAAUAGAUGCAGCUUUCUCCUCUCUCCCUCAUUCAUUUGUUCGACACAUAUUCUCUCUGCUCUUCCGAGAUGGUGAUGGGAACACAGAGGCAGC